AUGUCUUCUGAAGUUAAACGAGUUUUGGGUCCAGAUCGUCCGCUAAAACCUUCUGGUACUGUUGGAUUUUCUAGCCUUCCAGACCAACUUGUCAACAGAUGUACUGAAAAUGGUUUCGAUUUCAAUGUUUUAUGUAUUGGCGAGACCGGAUGUGGAAAGUCAACGUUAAUGGAUUCCCUUUUCAAGACUGAAUUCGAAGACAUUAAAUCUAAAAGGCAUUCUAGCACUUCUAAAGUUGGCCUUGACUGCUCCACAUAUGUGCUAAAAGAAAGUCAAAUUUCACUACGUUUGACACUUGUUCAUACUGAAUCUUUCGGGGAUCAAAUUAACAAAGGAGAAAGCUGUGAACAGAUAUCUAAAUAUGUUGAUGAUCAAUUUGAGCGCUAUCUCCAAGCUGAAAUGGCAUCUGGAAUCCGUAAUUUGCAUGGUCUACACGAUACUCGUAUUCAUGCAUGCUUAUACUUUGUUUCUCCUACUGGUCACUCAAUUAAGGCACUUGACCUGAAAUGUAUGGAAGCAUUGCAUCGAAAGGUUAAUAUCAUACCACUUAUUGCUAAAGCUGACACGAUUAGUAUUGAUGAACUGCAAGGGUUUAAGAGUAGGAUCAUGGGAGAAAUAAAUGCUAAUAAUAUCGAAAUAUAUCACUUCCCGGCGGAUGAUAAAGUCGUCAGUGCCGUUAAUAAGGCAAACAAUGAACGGUUACCAUUUGCUAUUGUUGGCAGUCGAGAAAAAGUCAAGGUUGGCAAUGAGCAUGUUCGUGCCAGACAAUAUCCGUGGGGAGUAGUACAAGUGGAAAAUGAAAAUCAUUGUGACUUCACUAGACUGCGAGAUAUGCUAAUUAGGACAAACAUGGACGAUCUGCGCGAGAAAACACAUCAUUAUUGUUACGAAAUGUAUCGACGUAGACGUCUUCAAGAGAUGGGAUACAUUGACGUAAGCAAUUUAAGUGACAUGAAAGCUAGCUAUGAGAAAGAACGAGCUGCUAUGAUUGAGACCUUUAGACGGAAAGAGGAAGAGAUUCGAGAUCAUUAUAUGCAGUUGGUUAAAGAAAAAGAUGAAGAACUAAAAAGAAAGGAACAAGAUCUUUUAAAAGGUUUCGAAAAGACGAAGAAGGAGCGUUCUGAAGAGAAAAAGAUAUUAGACAAACAACGGAAAACCUUAGAUGAAGAGAUUACUGCUUUUAGUAGGAAGCGUCAAGAAUGGGAAGCCCAACACGCAGAUAGACUAAAGUAG